CCUUGGAGUAGUACCCUCUCUCACUGUAAUCUGUAGAAAAUGGAGGCAAAGGUGCUCCGGCUAACGUGCGCUCCUCUUCCACCGCCACCACCCACCUGGACCCUUUCAAGAAUUCCAGCAGCUCUAAGUUCCCGACCUUUCAAGGCUAACCCUCCACCCGGCGCGGGGUUUCGAUCACCAGUUCUGCCUAAGACCAAGAAGAUAGAAGAACAAGACCUACAUGGGCUUCCAAAAGAGUACUACGACGAUGAAUGGCAAUCCAGACAACGGGAAAAGACAAAGGAAUUGCAUCGAAAGCGUCAAGAGGAAGAGGAGGAGGAGGAAAAGAUGGUAGAAGCAUAUCGUGAAAUUGGCUUGCGGUUGAAGGAUUAUCCUGAAGAAGAAGUUCGAAAAGCCAGGAAAUUGAUUUCGAGCUUUAUCAAAUCUGCCGAAGAAAUUGAAGAGAAAAUUGAGGAAGCUGCUGUAAAAGGUGAACUCACUGAACUUGUUCUGAUGGUCAUAUGGAAUCGCCUUGAUCUUGCUCGACGUGAUGAUGAGAAGGAUGCAGUUAGAAGUCUUGAUCUCCUAUAUAGGCGGGUUGAGACUGAGAUUUUGAAACGGGAGGCUACUCCUGCCAUGAGACUGCUCAACGAUCUUUUGAAUAUGCAUGAUGGAUUUGAUGAUGAACAAUGGCUGAAGGACUGCAAAAAGCGUAUGGUUGAUACCUUUCCACGAGAGGACCCAUUCAGUAUUCUUGUUCCAGCAGGAUUUGACAUUGACAAGCAUCAAGGUCCACUUAGACCAUCACUAGAAGCUGAUGAUGUCCUCCUGAGAGUAGAUUUUGUCCGGGAGGUUGACGCGUUGCUCCAAGAGGUUCGUUCUGAACAAAAUGAAGCACAAAAUGCACAAGGGCUCGAUCCUGAAUCCGUUGCAAGUAGGUUGAAGCAACAGGAGAAGCAGCGGGCAAUGCGCCAAGUGGAAGCGCUGUUGGAUCUGGCCAUUAAUUUAAAAUGGUAGUCAUGUGUUUUUUACUUCUGUUUCUCCUCAAAAUCCUUGUAAAAUGCAGUGCCCUGCCCAUUUUUGUUAGGUUCUGAAGAGUAAAAUGGAACUCGUUUUUGUUGUAGUCAUCCAUCCAUCUGAUAAUGAUAUAUCAAAUUUAUUGUUA